AUGGCAACCCUCAACCUUAACUUCACCCUCCGGCAACUCUCCCUCUUCCUCUUCCUCAUCGUCAACCUCAUCUCAGCGGCCUAUAUCCCACCGCGCAGACUGACAAGACCCCAACUUGACCAAGACCAAACCCAUCACACCCAUCCCAUUAUCAAACGCAACCCACUCCCGCUUCCACAAGAACAAGAUCCAAACCUCCUCGAGGUUAUCCCCACAGCAACGGCACAGGGCUUGCCUACGGCCCUUCCUCCCAUCGCACCUUAUGAGCCAUUACCUUCAACGGCGGUUUAUCCACAACCCACAACGGCACCUUAUGACCCCUUACCUUCAACGGCGGUUUAUCCACAACCCACAACGGCACCUUAUGAGCCAUUGCCUUCGACGGCGGUUUACCCCCCAGGAUUUUUGGCCGCCAAACGAAACCCAUCCCCGCUUCCACAAGAUCCGCAAGCUCCAGAUGCCCUCAAGGUCAUCCCCACGCCGCCUGCUGGAGGAGGUGAUGUGGUCGUCGUCCUCCCAACUCCGCCGCCUUCUUCGCCUCCUUCCCCGACUCCCGAACCGGUGGUCAAUCCAGUGCCCUCUCCAGAGCCGGUGACGCCCCUGCCUCCGGCUUUCACUCCCGGUCCGGAGCCUGUCACGCCGUUGCCCCCUUCGCCUCCCGAAGCCGUCAUUCCCCUCCCGGAACCGGUGACACCGACGCCUCCUGCUGGGGAGGCACCGGUUUUUUGUCGCCUGUUGCUGCUAAGCGGGCGGCGGCGGCGGCAAGGGUGA